AUGCCGCCCAUCAAUCUCCCUCCCAUGCAAGACUUUGGCGUACGGUUGGUAUUUCGCCUCACCCUAGAGUUCCUUGUCGAGAAGAAGGUCACAGGGCGGAGGGAUAACAAGACGUUUGAAGAUCCACAGCACUUGCUCGAAGACGUUAUUAGGCUGCUGGACAGCCUAGGCCUCUCCGCCAUCGCUCCCGAGACCACUCAGGACCACUACGCUUCACAUCAAGGCUUAUGGCAGGUAUCUCGAGCGACGAAGGCUGAAACGGCCCCGCAAGACUCAUGGCUCAAUCCCAAGAGCAGCCAGUACACGGGCGUUUCCUUAAGGACCCCGUUCUUCUCUCCUACGAGUGGCUGGGCUGAGGCCGUCUUCGGAGCAUGUGAAGCGAUUGCCGCUGAACGCAUUGUGGGCAUCAACACGAACACGACGCUGAAGGUGGAGAUGAAGCUUGAGGAUGGUGAGUUUGACCUCGACGGUCUUCAGAAUAUCGUCCGUUUUCUUUGGUCGGCAGCCCCCCUGAUCGACCAGUUACACCCGCCCCAUUGUGCAUCCAACAGCCCCAACGCGCUAGGUCUCCCCUAUACAGUAGCCUUCAGCCCCUUCAAGCAAAUCAGUACUGACGAGUUGCUUUUGAGUAAGGCGUCCGCCGCAUACCUAUUCAACAAGGGAAAGGCCAUAGCUACGAGGUCACCCAUGUUCGAGCUUGCCAUGUCGCCAGACGAUUGGCAAUUUCCAUUUUACGCGUUUAGAAUGUUGGAUGUACUCAACACCCUUACCAAAGACAAUUUAAUCCAGAAGAUGCGCAUCUUGCCGACAAGAGAUGGCGCCGCAGAGCUGACAGGUGCGUUCAUAUUCUCUACUCUCCAAGCUAACGAGCCAGAUGAACGAACACUUGGGUUCGCACAGCACAGUGGAACACUGAAUAUGACGCGCAUCUACCAUUGGGUUUCGACCUGCCUUGGAAUUGUGGACGCAUGCCUGACAUCAAGCCCUGCGCGUAUGAAUGAUCUACUUGAGAAGCUUGGGGACCCGAUUAUCCGGUCCGCGACCAGCAGUCAUAGCGAAGUCGGCAGCAGCCUCACAGUUGCAGAGCUCUUGCUCGAACUGAAGCUUGAGGAGACAGCCAGAUACUUUGAAGGUCUCGGUCGAAACCCCCAAGUACCAGAGCUGGCUAAACUCGCUUCGCGAUUCGCUGUGGAUCUCGAGGGUAUCGAAAAGGAUGCAGAAACAAGCCCGCAGUAUACGUUCGGCGUGGAAAUGGAAUUCAUGGUCCCUGCCGGCGAGAAGGCCCUAGAUCCGCACCCCCAGGACCCGCGCUGGUUCAUUGAUGCCAAGGAUUGGAAAUUUGACCGUCUUGGAGAUGAUGAAUCGACAAUUGACGGAUCACCGGUCUUAUUCGUGGACAUCGUCGCGCAAGAGGACUGCAGCCAAUUUCUCCGUGUCAAAGUUGCGAGGCUCCUUGCAAACAACGGGUUCUUCGCCUCCAUCUCUGACAAUCAGGACAAAGUGUACCUCCAUAAACUUGCACUCGACUCGGGUUUUACUAUCCAUCCUCAAUUCAACAUUAUCUUCCAAUCCUGGCAAGUACAACACGAUAUAAGCCUCGUGGAAAUGGCAGACCCGGUUGAUGGAUACAGCAAGGGUUUUGCCGCUAUGGAGGUCGCUUCGCCCAUGGGUCGUGCCAAUGCCGCUGGGUUCAGGAGGUUUGCCGAAGGUCUUACACUCAUGCGCAACAGUUUCCGCACGAUCAUUACUAAAGAGGCGGGUUUGCAUGUUCACGUCUCACCGCACAACAAGCAAUUUGAUCUGCUUCAGUUAAAACGGAUCGUGACCGUGAUCUGGUUCGCCGAGCCCAUCACGCAAUUGUUCAUCGCACCGCAUCGCCGCGGGCCGAAUGGCAAAUACUGCCUCCCGAUUUCGACCAGCUCUGACGCAGCUACUGGCAAUGGAUCUUGCCAUCUUGUGGAGCACACAGAAGAUCCCGAGGAACAGGACCGCCUUGAGGAAGAUUUGAGGAAACACGUGCCACUUGGAUGCAUUCCGUCCUCGUUGGUACAGAAAUCCAUGGGGCUCAUCUGGAGCACGAUAAACCUAGGCGAUCUGACAGCGCUUACCUGCAACGGAGCUACUCGCGGUGCGGCCACCCUGACACACCUACGGCAAACUGACACUUUGACCAAUGAAGGUGAGUCAGUAAUUGAAGGGACUAUUGAGUUUCGCGCUGCGCAAGGCUGCAUGGACCAGAUGUACAUCAUUCACUGGGUGCGCCUGUGUGUUGCGCUCGUCCGAAAGGGUCAACACGGCCAACCAGAAGACAUAUACGAGUGGGUUUCUCGUCUUGUCGAAAAGGUUGAACACCCCCUAGUCAAACUGCCAUUUAUGCUCGAGAGCUUGGGAUUAAGUAGGGACCUUGAGUUCUGGCAGAGCCAAGUAGAAAGAUUCUCAGUGGUCGAUCUAAAUCUCUCGAACGAGCAUGUGCAGGCGGUGUCGGAAGAGGAGGCGAAGGGCUUCGAACAUAUGCUGGAGAUGUCUGACUUGAUAGAAUAA